AAGAAGAAGAAGAAAAAGAAGAAGACAGAGAGCGGCCAGGAGGACGAGACGAAGGCACCUGCUGCAGCGGGCCCCGCCGCCGCCGCGGCCAACGGUGGCGCCAGCGCCAAAAGCAAAAGCGCCCCGGCUAGACCCGCCGCCGUCCCGCCGAACCUGUACCUGGCCUUCCUGGCCUGGAGCGCGUGCGCUGGGUUUCCGACACCGUCGUCGCCGACGGCGCCGCCUUCCUGCGCGAGCGCGCUGCCCGCCGCCGCCGGCCUAGAGACGCUACCCGCGCCGGCGCACCAGCGGCAGCAGCAGAAGACCCCGCCGUCGACCCCGACGAGGCCCUCCUCCUCCUCAUCCACCCUGUCGUCGACGACGACAACCCCGCUGGCGUCCGCGAGGGCGACUUCACGCGCGCCAUGAUGGACGCCUACGCCGACGACACGCUCGCCGUCGUCAGCCCGCAGAACUGCAACGGGUACACGGGGUUCCCCGGCGCGAGCACGGACGAGUACGUCGAGGCGCGCGAGCGCGAGCGCGAGAGCGGCGCCGACGCCUGGGCCCGCGUCGCCCAGAUUGCGCUGCCCAGCUUCCCCGGCAGAGACGAGGCCCUGUUCGUCUUCCAGCGGGGGGCCCCGGCCCCCGGCCCCCGACGUCGGUGCCGCCGGCCCUGGUACGACUACGGGCGGGACGGUAGCAGGAGAUGAGGAAACCGUAAGUGAUUUCGGCAGCGAAAGAAAUACCGGUAGUAAUAGCAAUGCGAAGGAAGGUACGUGAACGACCGCGGCCUUAGCCGACACACCACCCUGUAACAGCUCCGUGACUUGAGGAGGAGUGGACCGGCUCCACUGGACCUUACAAUUGGACCAUGUUGUGAUGAGGAAGUAUUAGGUAUAGGACUAGACGGGUUCUCCUUGCGAAGUGCGGGGACGAACAUCCAAGAUUAGGGGAGAAUUCGCCAGUCUGGAUUUAGAUAGGUAGAUCACCACCUAUCGAUCUGUCUAUCCCUAUCUAUGUCUCGCAGCCGGCAAGCAACAGUCAUAACUCCUAACCACGCCCAUCUAACCCAACACAAGGUAUCACCGCCAGUCGGCUGAUAAGCCUAGUAUGUACAUGUGCCCACGCGCGCGUGUGUGCACCGGUUCAAUUACCAAACUAGUUAUCGCCUCGUCAUCCCGCAAACCCUCGGGCCGCGCUAGAUAGAACAUCAAAUCGUCUUGUCCGUCUGUCCUAGCCUAGGGCCGAAUCUCGAUACAUCGGGCUGUGUCAUCGAAAUGCCUCGAAAAAAAAAAAA